GCCUCCGCUCUGCGUCCUCCCUAGCUGGAGGAAACCUGCAGGCCCUCGCCCACGAGCCAGACGCUGUCGAUAGCUUCAGAGACCGGCCGGCGAACGAGGCCCGAUGAAGAAAGGUUCUGCUGCGCGAAGGCGGCACAUCCCCAAUUCGGCCCGGGAUGUCCUCAUUGCCCUUGAUGCCUGGAGCUUCCAACUCGCCCCCACUAGGCCCUGGGGGUCCCUAGCCAGGGAGUGGGACAGAGUGAAGCUGCUGAACCGUUACUGCCGUUCACAGAUUUUAGGAGAACUCUUGGCUACUGCCAACUCCUCAAAAGAAGACCAGAAAAACCUGUUGAUCAAGCAAAGAGACUUCCUUCUGAAACGCAAAUUCAAAGAUACAAUUAAGGAUUUCGAGGCAGUAACAGCACUUCAGAACAUGGGACCCCCUGUACGACUGCACCGGCCACACACCCAUGCAGCCGGCCCUGAGCACAGGCUCCGGACGCGCAGGCUCAGCGGCCAUGGCUCACGGGCCCAGCCGCUCUGCAGCAUGUGGGAUCUUCCUGGACUGGGGCACGAACCCGUGUCGCCUGCAUCGGCAGGCGGACUCUCAACCACUGCGCCACCAGGGAAGCUCCAGCCUUUUUUCUUUUUUAAUGCACAGCUCCGUCAAGGCUGAUGAGGCUGCCAGUACGGCUCCCUUCCACUUUGAUCUCUGGUUCUACUUCACCCUGCAGAACUGGGUUCUAGACUUUGGCCGCCCCAUUGCCAUGCUGGUGUUUCCUCUCGAGUGGUUUCCGCUUAACAAGCCCAGCGUGGGGGACUACUUCCACAUGGCCUACAACAUCAUCACGCCCUUUCUCCUGCUCAAGCUCAUCGAGCGGUCCCCACGCACCCUGCCGCGCUCCAUGAUCUAUGUCAGCAUCAUCACCUUCAUCAUGGGCGCCAGCAUCCACCUGGUGGGUGACUCUGUAAACCACCGCCUGAUCUUCAGUGGCUACCAGAACCACCUGUCAGUCCGCGACAACCCCAUCAUCAAGAAUCUCAAGCCGGAGACGCUGAUCGACUCCUUUGAGCUGCUCUACUACUACGACGAGUACCUGGGCCACUCCAUGUGGUACAUCCCCUUCUUCCUCAUCCUCUUCAUGUACUUCAGCGGCUGCUUCACUCCCACCAAAGCUGAGAGCUCAAUGCCAGGGGCAGCCCUGCUCCUGGUGGUGCCCAGUGGCCUGUACUACUGGUACCUGGUCACCGAGGGCCAGAUCUUCAUCCUCUUCAUCUUCACCUUCUUCGCCAUGCUGGCCCUUGUCCUGCACCAGAAGCGCAAGCGCCUCUUCCUGGACAGCAACGGCCUCUUCCUCUUCUCCUCCUUUGCCCUCACCCUCCUGCUCGUGGCGCUCUGGGUCGCCUGGCUAUGGAAUGACCCCGUACUCAGGAAGAAGUACCCGGGCGUCAUCUACGUCCCUGAGCCCUGGGCCUUCUACACCCUCCAUGUCAGCAGCCGACACUGAGUCUGGGGCACUGGCCACUGGUGCUCUGCCGGGUGGGAGAUGGGCCAUCGAGGGCAUCUGAACAUGGGGAGUGUGUGUGUGUGUGUGUGUGUGUGUGUGUGUGUGUGUGUGUGUCUGUGUGUGUGUGCGCGCGCGCACCCACUUGUGUGCAACGCAUGGCUUAGAGCAUGGGUGAGAGUAUGCAUCGUGCGUGUGGUUGUGUGUAUGUUUGCGUGCCCACGCACACACGUGCAGAGCGCAUCACUGUGAGACUGAAUUGUUCUGGUCAGGUUUCCAUUCGGUUUGCCUCUUCAGGAUGGGAUGUAGUUUGAGGCAGUGUGUCCAGGCCAAGAGCUGGGACCUGCCUUCCUGUGCAUCUGAUGGAAUCACGCCCUCUCCCUUCCACUGCUCGGGGCUAUCUCUUCUUCCUGGGCUGUCUUCUGGUAGCCCGGAGAGGCCUGGGUGGGGCAGAGGUUGGGAGGGGACUUGGUCUUUCACCUACUACCUGGUUCACUCCUCAGGCCCGCCCUGACCCUGGAGGCCAGAUUACACGGGUUACAUGAACUGGCCGUGUAUUAAUGAGCAAAGCACAUCCCUUCCCUGGGCCCAGGGUCCCAAAGUGGGUUUGUGGACCGGUUGCAGUCUCCUCUUGGGGCACCCUUAGGAGGGGUGAGCAGUUCUACCCCGUCCCUGCCCUCUCUGACCCUGGGAGGGGUAUGUGCACCCCAGAUCCUCACCCAACCUCAGGCUGCACGGGGUGUCGAGCCACCCGACCGUGGGCAGCCAGAGGCCAGCCCUCCCCGCCACCCACCGGCCUGAUCUCAGGGUCUGGCAGUAGUCUGAUCUUCUGCCAGAAGCUCUCUCUCCCUCCCGCUCCAGGAUCGUGGCACCCUUUCGUGUGAGGCUGAUUGCAGGUUUCUGAGUGGCUGCCGAAGGCAGAGUUCUCACGCACUUGCAGCGUUCCCUGAGCCGCUCACUAGGGGUGGGGACGUCGCGAGGCUCCUCAGUCAGCCUUGUCUCAGCCUCAGUCUCUGCCUGCUCCCAGGAAAGGGGCCCUCGUUCCCCAUGGGACACCCCCUCCCCCGCCUCCCCCGAGGCACUGGGGCCCGGUCUCCUCCCUCGGCUGUGGGCCCACGGCCUCAUUUCCCAGCAGUGCCGGCCUGCGUGUGCGCAGGGGUCUCGGGGGCCUGCCUCGCCUCCCCCCGCCCCGCCUCUCCUGUGCUCUCAGGGAGCCCUGUGCCUCAGAGCCUCCUUUCGCCAGGGGUCCCCCAGCCCCCGUCAGUCCCCGUCUGCUGGCAGCAUCAGGGGUGAGAAGUGUGACUGAAGGCGGUGUGGAGCCCAGCCUGGCUGGCUGCUGCUGCUUCUUAUUUGGGAGUGAAUUUGGGAGGCAGGAGGAGGGCGGUCCCUGGAGCAGGGGAGGGAGUGGCUGGCCUGGGGCCCAGGCAGGAGCCCCGGGCUGACCCCAAGGGCCCACUCAGCCCCGUGUGGCUGAGAGCAGGUGCUGCCACUGUCCGCUGGCCCUCCAUGCCACUUAGUAGGAUCCUGCGGUUGGGGGUCACCUCAGGAGCAAGAAGGGCCUCCUCUAGGUCCCAGCUCUCUUCAGAGGAGUCUGGGGGGGGGGUCACAGGGGUGGGGACCAGCAUAGGGCAUCUCCAGACCUGCCCCUCAGAGAUGUCCCACUGAGCCUCCCAGCUGUGCUGCCAGCCCGUUCCAGGGGCUGAAGCAGAGAGGGUGCCCUUUGGGGGAAGGUGGCGAGCCUGGUUUGUGGGAGGUUGGCACUUAGCCUUGGGCAAGUUGUUUAAUCCCUCGGGGCCUCAGCUCUUGAUCUUUGAGGGUCUCAGCCUCACCACACAGCCACCAGGGGCUUUGUGGGCUACUGUUACUAGAAAACAUGGGGGAGGGCCACGCUGAACAGGAGACGCAUCAUUGCAGGCCAUGUUGUGAUGAGAGAAACACCUUUUGAGGAAAGCAGCUUUGUUUUUCAGGCUUGCUGCUGCGGCAUGUUACAGCACGGUAACCCUCCUCACACCCAGAGUGUGGACAUAAAGACUGGAGUUUAGGAUUCCCACUUUGCUUUUCCCAGGCACCUUUUAAAAUAACCACUCAGCGUUUAAACCCAUAGAAAGCUGGUGACCUCCGCCUCUACCGCUUUAUGAUAGGUGCUUGGUACCCUGCUCUCUUCUCCCUCAGGACCUGGGACGGAGGAUGGUCCUUCCCCUGGCUCAUUGCGCCCCCUGGUGUCUGGGAUCUGAAAUAAUAAAUCUUGUGGCUCUACUUCCUCCGUGUGGAUGUAUUGAAACUGCCUUCAGUCAAAAGGACCCCGUGGGUUUCAUUUCCCCAGAGUGGGAGCUGGAUGCCGAGGGAGCUGCCUGCCACCCCCGCGUGGGUGGCUUGUGCCCCCUGACUUAGCAGGGCACAAGUCUGCACAUU